GCUUCUUGUUAAUCACCAAAAGACAAGAGGUAUUCAUUGUAAUCCUUGUUAUAUUAAACUACACAACAUUGGUGCUAUUAUAUAGCAAACCAAUUGAAGAAUACAAAGAGACACACUCAAUGUGGGACUUCUAUACUAUGUACAACAACACUCCCCCUCAAGCUGGAGCAUAUAGAUCGUAUGCACCAAGCUUGUUACAUAUCUGGUCUAUCCUAGGUCCUCUCAAAGACUUAGUAAAUACAUCAGCUAAUUGAUCAUUUGAGUUGACAAAACGAGUGACUAUAUCUCCUGAGAGAACCUUUUCCCUAAGGAAAUGACAAUCUAUCUCAAUGUGCUUAGUCCUUUCAUGAAACACUGGAUUUGAAGCAAUAUGCAAAGCAGCUUGAUUAUCACAAAUGAGAGAUGUUGGGCCAGUGUCUCCAAACUUGAGUUCCUUCAGUAGCUGUUUUAACCAGAUGAGUUCACAGGUAGCUGUGGCCAUGGAGCGAUAUUCUGCUUCAGCACUUGAUCUAGCAACUACACUUUGCUUCUUACUUCUCCAAGAAAUCAAGUUAUCUCCAACGAAUACACAAUACCCAGAAGUAGAUCUUCUAUCAAUAGGAGAACCUGCUCAAUCAGCAUCUGAGUAUCCUACAACUCUGGUGUGCCUAGGGAUUGAGAAGGAUCGGAAAUCUCUUGAAGCGAUAAAAGUAACUUGUUCUACAAGUAAGCGUAUUGGUAAAGCUUCAAGAGGUAAGCUCUAUGUUUAAGGAGUCUUUUCCUGCUUGAGUGCUCCACCAUGGUUAGUGAACUAUGGUUGGACUGUAUGACUGUGAUUUAGAUGCUUUGUAUAGAUGCAUUCAUAUAGAGUUAUUUGAUAACAUGAUAUGUUUUGCUCUGAUAUGACUUCUGUAAUAUGAUUUCUGUAACAAUCUCUAGCCAUUGAUUGUAUAGUACCCGGAUGUCCGCUUUGAGGUCCUCCCUCGGGACUGAUGGUGUACGCCUCU